GCCCGGCCCCCCGCGACUGAGGGCCUCGGCCAGGCAGGCGCCGGGAUCCCGAGGUUGCCCCUCUCCGGUCCCUAGAUGGAGGCCCCGGCGAUGCCGGGUAGGCGUCGGGACGUGGGACUCGGCCUUGCUUAAUCUUCCUCAGACUUGGCCGGCGGCUGCGCGUAGUUCUCAGCCUUUGCGGUCACCGCGACGGAUUCCAUGUCGGGGUUCAGUCUGCUGGGAAGGCCCCAGCGAGGCUGGUCUGCGGGUCGCCCCUCCAAAGGCCCCCAAAGCUCGCGCGGUCGCGGCCUGACCCCCGCAGCCUCCAGGGCGAGAACCGUUACUUCUCGUGACUUCGCGCCCCGGACCGGAGCUGGCUCUGGUCUCCGAGGCAACGGGAUCUGCGAGUGGUUGGGACGGAUCUUAAGUCCCCAGUUUUCCUCCAGCUUGUGCCCUGGUCAUUAGGCUUUCGGCAGGGUUGCCACUCUCGGUCCUUGACACGAAUUGUGCCGUUUUUGUUUGCCUCCGUGCAAACGUCUUUAGCUCUUGGGAAAUAUUCUGAUGAAGAUUCUCCCCUCCUUCCGAUUUGCAUUUUGCACCUGUGGUAUUAGCACUUAGGGAAGUGGAUGGCAAGUUCCCUUUCCUUUGCUUCCUAAGACAAUUUCCUGGCCCCUCCCAUCAAGACUUUCAUUUUUCUUUUUUUGUGGUGUCCACUCCUCGUGGUGCUGGGCUUUAACCUGGCUCUGUGCUCAGGGAUCACUCCUAGCCGGGUUCGGACACCCUCUGGGGGUGCCGGGGAUCGAACCCUGGUCUCCGACGUGCAAGGCAAGCACCUUAGCCAUUGCCUCCUAUCUCUGGCUCUGCCUUUUUCUUCCUUUCAAAUGGCGCUGGUGUUUGGAUAACCGUGCAGCUCUAUUAUCAAGUCCUAAAUUUUGGAAUGAUCGUCUCCUCGGCUCUAAUGAUCUGGAAAGGGUUAAUGGUGAUAACUGGAAGCGAAAGUCCAAUUGUAGUGGUGCUAAGUGGCAGCAUGGAACCUGCAUUUCAUAGAGGAGACCUUCUCUUUCUUACAAAUCGAGUUGAAGAUCCCAUACGAGUGGGAGAAAUUGUUGUUUUUAGGAUAGAAGGAAGAGAGAUUCCUAUAGUUCACCGAGUCUUGAAGAUUCAUGAAAAGCAAAAUGGACAUAUCAAGUUUUUGACCAAAGGAGAUAACAAUGCGGUUGAUGACCGAGGCCUCUAUAAACAAGGACAACAUUGGCUAGAGAAGAAAGAUGUUGUGGGGAGAGCCAGGGGAUUUGUUCCUUAUAUUGGAAUUGUGACUAUCCUCAUGAAUGACUAUCCUAAAUUUAAGUAUGCUGUACUCUUUUUGCUGGGUUUAUUUGUGCUGGUCCAUCGUGAGUAAGGACUCUCCCUUGCUGCUCCUGGAAGAUGCCGUACUUUUUGUUACUGAAUGUUUGGAGUAGAUACUGGUCUGUGAUUGGUGGAAUGAAGAACACACACGUUGGCGCGUCUCAGUAGCACUGGUUUGCAUUAGUUUGUGUUGCCACACCAGAAAACGUGUGGACAAGUGUAUGCACCUCAGUGUGCCCUCAAGGGGACUUUCAAUCACAGGAUUUCAUAUGUUGUCAUUGUCACACUUUCACAUUUUUGUACAUCAGUGAAUUUUUUAUAUUAAAAGGUUGAGCCAAAGCCCCCAGUGUUUGUAUUUUGAAGCCAGGCUUCAUUUCUAAAGUGCCUACAGAGUUCUGUAAAUGCAAAUGCAGCUCUGCAUGCGUUGGAAACCGUCGUUCCUCCUACUGAUGGGAAUGGCAUAUGCUAAGGUGGUCCAAGUUUUAACUUUUCACAGUUUUAAAUAAAAGACUUUGCAUACCGAA